AUGGCAAGCCAGCCAGAUUAUUACAAAGUUUUGGGGGUCUCCCCUACAGCGACGCAGCAAGAAAUUCGAACUGCAUAUAAGAGGGCCUCUCUACGAACUCAUCCUGACCGGGUACCUGUCGACGCUCCCGACAGGGCUUCACGUACGAAACAAUUUCAAAAAGUAAAUGAUGCCUACUACACGCUAUCCGACCCCUCACGCAGGCGUGACUACGAUGCUGCCCGAAUGAGCUAUUUCGGCGACGACCACAGCGAGAGUGCCGACGAAGAUAUCCCCCGUGGCGGCGCUGGUGGUUUCUCAUGGUCUUCAUUUGAUUUCAGCGGCUCAGAACGGGAGCGGGAGGGACGUGACUCCAAUCAAUUCGGAUCCAUAUUUGAAGAAAUGCUUCGCGAAGAAGGGCUUGCUAGCGAUGAGACUGUGAACGGGCAAAGGAGAUCUGUACCCACAAAGAAGUUUUGGUCUAUUGUUGGUGCGAUCAGUGGUGGUGCUUUGGGCUUCAUAGUUGCCAACGUGCCAGGUGCGCUGGCAGGUGCUGUGGCUGGUAACAGGCUAGGUGCGGUGCGAGAUGCGAAAGGAAAGAGUGUCUAUGAUGUUUUUAUUGAGUUGCCGCAGUCAGAUCGUGCCAGGCUUCUGAGCGAGCUUGCCGCGAAAGUUUUACAAACAACCCUAGGUCGAUGA